CCGCUAGACGCUAAGCAUAACGAUUAACGUGUAUAUAUAUCAACAUUUCAAUCUCUUUCCUCGCAUCUCCACGCUAAACCAGUCCGUGCAAAAGCAACCAAAAAGCAAACACUCCCAACUGACAUACCAAUGUCAAGUUCUACCACAACUCAGGUUUCAAACCAGCUGGAGCCAUGGCUAGAUCUAGACGGCAAGGUGGUUCUCGUCACCGGUGCAUCAUCUGGACUCGGCUGGGACUUCUGCAUCAACCUAGCUCAAGCUAACUGCAAAGUGAUAGCUGCUGCGCGGCGCGUGGACCGUCUUAAGUCCCUGUGUGACCAGAUUAAUGGAAAUUCUGCUUCUCCUCGCGCAGUGGCUAUUGCGAUUGAUGUAACCGCGGAUCCGGCUAGUAUUGAAGCGGCUGUGGGCAAGGCCUGGGGUAUUUUUGGCCGUGUUGAUUGCUUGAUUAAUAACGCUGGUAUUAGAGGGAGCACAAGUUCGACGAUUGAAUUAACGAAAGAGGAAUGGGAUAAUGUGUUCAAGACAAACUUGGAUGGGGCAUGGUUAUGUUCAAAAUAUAUUGGAAUCCGAAUGCGUGAUGCGGGGAUUAAAGGAUCAAUCAUCAACAUUUCAAGCAUAUUUGGGCUCACCAGGGUGCAGAGCAAUGGGAGUCUUGCAUAUAGUUCAUCCAAAGCAGGAAUGCACGCCAUGACUACUGUAAUGGCCUUGGAUUUUGGUCCAUACGACAUUAGGGUCAAUGCUAUUGCGCCAUCGAUCUUCCAGUCUGAGAUCACCAAAGAUCUCUUUCAACAACAAUGGCUUAAAGAUGUGGUGAAGAAAAUUCUGCCCCUGCAGUUCACGGCCACGGUUGAUCCAGCAUUGACGGAAGUGAUCAGAUACUUGAUGCAUGACUCUUCCAAGUAUAUCACCGGCAACAUCUUCAUUGUCGAUUCAGGCACAACUCUUCCUGGUGUUCCCAUAUUUUCACGGCUUUGAUUUUAUUGUACUGCUUUUGGCAAAAAUAUAUGUUUGAUGCUCUUCUUGCUUAUAAGAAUCGGAGGUUAUAUAUUA